GACGCAGUCUGCCAUGGUGUCAUGGCGGUGAAUAGUGAAAACACAAAUCUCUUGCAGUAGAACAAGGCAUUUUGACUGUGUGAUUCGAUUAAACUCAGUAUGUAUCAUGAAGAAACUCACAAAAGAAGACACUUGGAAAACAGAUGAACUGAAGAAACACAUUAGGGGAUACGAGGAAGACAGCAUCAGGAGAGGGGAGAAAAUGCGCCGCAGUGAGGAUGAAAGGAGACACAGGAGUGGAGCAUCUCUGGACCGUCGACAUCGAGACCGUGACCGGGAAGAGAGAAGAGAUGGAGAGAAACUGAAGGAGAGAGAACAAAAAGAACGAACAAAGCAUAGAGAGCCAGAGAGGGACAGGGAUCUGGAUAGAAGAAGAGAAGAUUCCAGAGAGAAGAUGGAUGAGAGAAAUGAAAGAGAACGAGACCGGCGAAAGGAUAGAGAGAAAGACAGAGGGGCGGACACUGACAGGUACAGAGAUGGGGAGAGAGGAAGUAAAGAUAGAAGAUAUGACCGAGCAGAGAAGGAGAAUAGAGAAAAAGAACGGGAGCGAGAGAGAUCUAAGGAAACAAUGUCAGAAAGAGAAAAAGAGAGGGAGAGGGAAAGAAGAAGAGCAGAGAAAGAGAGGGAGCGAAGGAGUGACAGAGACAGAAGGAAAGAUGAGGACAGAGACAUGGCAAGAGAUGUUGCUAAAAUGAGAUUACAGGAUGGAGAGACUGAAAGAGAGCGAGACAGGAGAGAGAGACACCGGUCAAGGGACUACACAAAAGAGACUGAGCACCACAGAGAGGGCAAGGACAAAAACAGAGACAGAGAAAGAAGAGAACGGCAUGGCGACAGAGAACACUCUGGAUACAGAGAAAGCCGGGAACACAGAAGAGAGAAAGAGGAGGAAGAGAGAAGAAGACGCGACCGAGACCUGCACGUAAGGGGUGGAGGUGAGAUGCGGGAUUCAGAGCGGGAGCGACGCCACCGCGAACAGAAGGGUUCUGAGGGUCGUAUCCAUGGUGACCGGGAUCGAGAAAGAGAGAAGAAGGAACGAGACCGGGAUCGGGAGAAGAGACACACGGAAGAAUCAGAUCGGAUGAAGAGGGAAAUCCAAAACACAGCAUCUGGUCAUAAGCACCGAGACCACAGAGGAGAUAAGGAGGAUGAAAUGGUGGGGAGGUCUCAGACAUCCUGGAGAUCUAAUCAGGGGGACUUAAGUGACCCCGAAAUACCUGUUGAAAAUGAAGAAAAAACAUCGGGUGAGGACAAUGAGGAGGUGGAUUAUGAGGAGGAUUUUGAGGACUACGAGGAGGAUUUUGAGGAUGCUGAUGAAGACGAGUGUGGCUCUGAAGAGGAAAAAGAAAAGGCUGAAGAAGAGAUUAGCCCAGAGAAGAGAGAGGAGAUCAGAGCCAUCCAGAGGGCCAUGGAUGAGGAGAAUGAGAGAGUGGGAUCCUCCCAUUCACGGCCCACCACGGAGGAGAGCUUGACAUCCAGGACAGCCACUGAUUCUCAGACAAGACAAAGUCGUCCGCAAAGAGGAGUCAUAGAUUUUGUCUCGGCAAAGCGCCGGGAGGUCAGCAAGAAGGUGUCUAGCAGACAGAAGAAGCGCAGUGCAGAGCUGCUGCGGCUGAUUGAUCUGGACUUUUCCAUCACCUUCUCCCUCCUUGACCUGCCGCCUGUCAACGAGUAUGACAUGUACAUCAAAAGCUUUGGGACCACAAACACCAGACAGGCUUAUGUCCAGUGCAAUGAAGACAACGCAGACAGAGAGGUGCAGACUGAAGAGACGGACACGAGCGACAAGUGGACGCAGCAUCCGGCUGAAACCAGCAUAUCAUGUGGAGGACCGGACCAGUCCCAGAAUGCCGUGGGUGACACCGCCCUCAGGACGAAUUUCGACUCUCGGCGCCUGGUGUCCUUCCUGCGCUCUGCGGCACAGGUGAUGUCCGUGCUUCUGGAGGAGGACCGGGCCCAGAAACACGCGCUGACCAGGCUCAAGUCCCAGUCCGACUCGCUGUCCUUCAGCGACGGCUGCCUGCAGCUUAACACCAGGCUGUCCUUCUUGCACGGUCGACAGGUCAGCCACCUCCACUUCUCCGAUGCACAGCGGCAGACCCUGCUCUCUGUCCACGCCCCGUCCAGCUUGCCCAGUGCCAUACGCUUGGACUCCCAGAGCGUCAUCUGCGUGUGGAACAUCUGGGAGCCGUCCAGACCUCAGAAGAUCCUGGUCUACGAGUCAGAGGUGUGCUGCUGCUGCUUCAGUCCAGGGAAGGCCAUGCUGGUGUUUGCUGGGACCACUGUGGGGUCAGUGGUGCUGUGGGACCUGCGGGAGCCCUCCAGCAGCCACUACAGCCUGACCAUAGGAGAGAGCGACUGGACGCUGCGCUACCCCACCUUCUCCACUGAUGCUGUGCUCUCUGGAUCUGGUCACCUGUCUACUGUGCAGUCAGUCGAGCCCGUCAGCGUUCCUGUGUCCGAGGGACUCAGACCAGAGCUCCCCCUACUGGCAAACCAAGAAGAAUCGUUGGGAUUGUCCUUCCAGUUAGCCUCUCUUGAUGAAAAAGGAGUGCUUAAUCUCUGGGUUGUUGUGGAGCUUCCCAAAUCCAGUGAUGCUGGAUCACAGACUGAUCUGGGGUUGAGGCCUGGCGGGAAGGUGAAACUGCUCCACAGCUCCUCUCUGCAGACUUGUGACUCAGGGUCCUCCCCUCAUGAUAUUGGCCAUCCAGGACCACUCCAGGCCCUGCUGCUGAAAUUCCUCCCCUCUGACCCCAGCCACUACUUCAUCGGCACAAACAUGGGUGUAGUGAACCACGGGACCAGGCAUGGCCUGAAGGCCCCUCCUAAGUUCUACAGCCCCCUGGUGGCUGGCUUUAGGCCCGUGCAGGUCAGAUCUCUGGAGUUCUGCCCCAGCGGACAGCCCCACUUCCUGGUGGGCUGUGAUGAUGGCAGUGUGCGGUUACACUCAGUCCAGAGCGAGCAGCCCUUGUUGGAGUGGACCGGCAGCACUGGUGGGGAUGAGGUGGUCUCGGUCCAGUGGGCUCUGACCCGGCCUGCUGUUUUCUGUGUGCUGGACGCCGCCUCCUGUCUGCACAUCUGGGAUCUGGUGGAGGACGAUCAGAGGCCUGUCCUCACUGAGAGGGUUGAUGUGGACAGGGUGACCACCAUGGCUGUGUUUGGAGACCCUGCAAAGCAGAACACAUACUCUGGCAUCGCGCUGGCAAAGCAUUCUGGGAGGAUUGAAAUUCAUUAUUUCAGGAAGCAGUUCACUGUGCCUACCCCUGCUGACAGCAAGAAGCUGGACAGACUCCUUCAAGAUGCUUUCUAACCUGAGUGCCUGAGCUCACCAGUCUGGCCUACAGAGUGACUGCACAAUGAUCUUCAAUUGUAAAACAGUUUGGCACAAGGAGGUCAAGGAGCAUCUUUGUGCUCUACUUAUUUUUGUAAACAGAGAGCUGUGCAGAACCAUAUCAUGGCUUAUUUAUUUAGUACAGAAUUGUAUUUAUUGCGUUUGAGAUCACAUUGGUGAUGAUGUGCCACAGUGGUAUAUUACUUUUGCACUUGCCAUACAAAUGUAUGGAAAUCAUCCAGAGUCAACAGAGUAAUUAGCAUUUCAUAUUUGGAUAUUUUUAUGACCAAGCAACAGUGUAGUUAAUAGGAAAUAUAAAAAAGAAAGAAUAUAAGUUCAAUUCACCUCAGGGAAGAAUUGUUUUCAUUCCAUUCAUUGUCUUUGUUUUUCUUUCCUUUCUUAAUCUCUUGUAAUUUGUUACUGGUUGUAGCCUGCUGAUUAUAUUGGGUCCACAACAUUUCCAAAAAUGUCUUUGCAAUAAAGACUGUCUGUGUAUAUUAUAUUUUGUCCAAUUAUAUAUUAUACCACAA